GGGGCGGCUCGGGCCAUGAGAGACAUGUCUCUGUCUCACAUGUCUCUCCCUAGAUGGACGUCUGGCCUCCUGGUUGGACGGAUGAACAUCCGCACUCUGACUGAUCAGCUCAGCUGGCCUCAACCUCAAACAAUGACCAGUAAGAUGAACCAGCUGAUGGAGGCGGAGCUUGGCCAGGAGAUUGAAGGCAAGGUUCAGACCUGGGCUCAGUCUCUGGUCUACACCGUGGAGGAACUGGAGUGUAAGAUCUGCUACAACCGAUACAACACUCGGAGCCGGAAACCCAAGCUGCUGGGCUGCCUGCACCGGGUCUGCGCCAAGUGUCUCAAGAAGAUGGUGGACAUGGGAGACUCUUCACCGACCGUCAUCAGCUGCCCAUUCUGCCGCCACGAGACCUACGUCCCUGAUGAGGAGGUGUGGCUGAUGGAAGACGACCGGCACAUCAUGGCGGUUCUGUCCUGUCAGGACAGAGCCCAGCAGGAGGGAUCAGAAGUUAAAGAUGGCGGCGGUUCAGAGGUGGUGUUGACUCCCACUGCUCUGAAAGCAGCAGCCAGAGGGACGGACACGUCCCUCCGGUCCUCGGACUGCCUGGUGAUCACCAUCAUGGAGCUGCCGGACGACUCCCCGUCCUCGGACUCGGUCAGCAUGAUCAAUGUGGUCGGUCUGUACCGGCCGCCCAGCCUGGACUCGCUGCCCUGCAGCUUUCCCUCGCAGAAGUGUCGCGCCUGGACGUCCCGCAGCUUUCCACGCUGCCUGCUGGGGGCGCUGUGUAUGGUGUACUUCAGCUCGCUGCCGCUGGGGAUCUACCUGCUGAUGAUGGGCCAGCUGCUGCUGGGCGUGGUUCUCGUCAGCCUGGUGCCGUCCACGCUGCUGCUGCUCGUUCUCUACGGAUUCUGCCAGUGCAUCUGUCACGAGGUGAGGGAGGCGAUUGCUGCGCGCAGGCUGCCAUGACGACGAAGAAGGCCGCUGCCAUGGCAACAAGGACACCAGAGCGGCGAAGCCACAGAACCUCCAGACCUGAACACUCAGCUGAUUCCUGAUUGGCGGAGGCGGUAAAGGCCCCUCCUCUUUUGAGCACCAGCAUCACUUUCUAGGCCAAAACAGAGACGGACCAGAAGUUUCAUCCUCACAGCCAGAGAGGGACAGGCUGGAAACUCCUGUUAGCAUGUUGCUAAUGACAUGCUGUGUAACAAUCUGUAUGUAAAUAUGUAAUUCUGUUCGUCAGUGAACCUUCUGACAGCCCAUCAGCCAGUAACCGCCAGGAAUAUUCCCAGUUUAACAAAAUAAUCCAAAACAUUGGAAACAUGCUAGCCUAGCCUAGCAUAUAGACUGGUGAAAAUGGAUGUUAGGCUAAUGUAGCGCAAACACAAGAAAUGUUGGUAAGUGCUAUGCGUUAGGACUGAGUUAGCAUAAGGACAGUAAAACAGGAAAGCAUUAGCAUAGCUUAGCAAAAGAAUAGUAAACAGAGAGAAUGUGUUUGUUGAAUUUAGCAAAAAGACUGAAAAGACAGAGAAAGGGUUAGCCUAGCUUAGCAUAAAUACUUUAAAUUAAGGUAAAGUAUUACCAUAGCUUUGCAUAAAAACUAGGAAUUAAGUGUUUUUCCAUCUUCGCAAAAUGACUAAUUGAAAGUGUUACGCUAGCGCAGUAUUUAAACUGGAAGCAAUGUGAAAGUGCUAGCUUAGCUUAGCAAAAUGACGGGAAGGGAAGGUAUUAGCCUAGCUUAGCAUGAAAAGUGGAAAUUGUUAGCCAUGGACAAAGAUAAGAAACAAAGUUAGGUAAUUUCUGUUUUCUCCUAACAUAAUGCUAAAUUCAGUUCUGUUGUCUCUGACUCUGCUGCCGCUUCCAGUGUUUGUGCUAAGCUAAGCUAACUGUAUGGAAGAAGGAAGCUCUGCAGUUAAUUGGUUUAAUUUCCUGUCAAAGUGCCAACGUUUGACUUGAUCACUUAUUAAUCGUGUGUUAAUCGUGUGUUAAUCAUGUGGCGAUUUGGACCUCGUGUCACUUCCUGUCCGUGUCGCAUGCGGACUGCCAACUUUUGUAGAAACUAAUAAAUGUAAUGGAGACAAAACCA